CGAAAUUGGGCUUGCCGGAGGGUAGGAAGGUGAUUUUCGUGGAAUUAGUGAUCCAUUCGAAAAGUUGUACGGUCUACAAAAGGGACGCCAUGGCCAAGCUUCCCACCGCAGCCCCUCCCUGUUGUCUCCGCCCUCGAUUUGUCCCCGACGCAGCUCCGUUGGAAGAGCGGAUAUGUGCAGCGGCCGCGGGAAGCGCUCCGCUCCGACCAACGGCAAGUCAGAGGCGGAGAUGUCAGCUUUGCUUCUGGAGCUUGCCUCCUCGAACGACCUCGUCGCCUUGAGGCGGGCGGUGGAGGAAGACGGCUACCCUCUCGAUGGCGCAGCCCCCUGGUACGGCCGCUCCCUCGGGGGCUCCCGAGGGAUGAUGAUGGGCUUCCAGCAGCGGACCCCGCUCAUGAUCGCGGCGCUCUAUGGAUGCACGGAGGUGAUCGAGUACAUCCUCUCGGUCCUUCCUGCCGAACCCGUUCGCGGUGCCGUUUCCGACGGCGCUACGGCCCUCCACUGCGCCGCCUCCGGUGGGUCUCCCUCCUCUCUCGAGGCAGUGAAGCUCUUGGUCGGCGCCUCUUCCGAUUUGGUGGACGCCCUUGAUGCAAAAGGAAACCGACCUGGCGAUGUCAUAGCGAGGCAGUUCUCUAGUGCCAUCGCCAAAUCCCUCGAAGUGAUCCUGAAAUCUCCUUCUUGCCCUAGGGUUUCGUCGCCGCGCAAAGAAGAGCAAGUUAAGCAAAUGGAGAAGAAGGAAUACCCUCUGGAUUUGACGCUCCCGGACAUUAAUACUGGGAUCUACGGCACCGACGAGUUCCGGAUGUAUACUUUCAAAGUUAAGCCAUGCUCCCGCGCCUACUCCCACGACUGGACGGAGUGCCCCUUUGUGCACCCCGGAGAGAACGCCCGUCGCCGUGACCCAAGGAAGUACUCCUACAGCUGCGUGCCGUGUCCCGAAUUCCGCAAAGGUUCUUGCCGCAACGGCGAUGCCUGUGAGUACGCUCACGGUGUGUUUGAGAGUUGGCUCCACCCGGCCCAGUACCGGACUCGUCUCUGCAAGGACGAAACUGGUUGCAACCGCCGAGUGUGCUUCUUCGCCCACAAGCGAGAGGAGCUGCGAGCGGUGAAUCCCUCUGCUGCAUCGGUCGCCGGAACCGUGUUGUCGUCACCGAGAUCGUCGCCGCCUGCUCUGUCCUCAUUGGACAUGGCCACGGCUUUGAUGCUGAUGCAGCAGCCAGGCUCUCCGAUGUCCCCCUCGGUUUCUUCGGGGCUGGGGGCUACAGCGCCGUGGAUGAGUCAAACAAACAACAUGACGCCCCCCUCGGACUUGCAGCUGUCGAGCAGCAGACUCAAGGCUUCCCUUAGCGCCAGGAACUUGGACUUCGACCUCGACAUGCUUGGACUCGAAGGAUACAAGCAGAAACUUGUCGAUGAGAUAACCAAAACGACCUCUCCUCAGGCCAACUGGGGAGCAAAGGCCCCGGAAUACAGUGACUUUCCCGUCGAUCCCUCGCUGCUUCCAAAAUUGAAGGGGCUGUCUUUGAGGCACACUGGACCUCAGUUGCAAUCGCCCUCCGGAGUCCAGAUGCACCAGUCUCAAUUGCUCUCUGGAUUCGGAGGCAGCCUGUCAUCUUCCCCUACCGUUAGCGCAGUAUCGUCUUUCGAUCACUCGAUGGCGAAGGCCAUCAUGAACUCGAGGGCUUCUGCGUUUGCCAAGCGCAGCCAGAGCUUCUGUGACCGUGGGGCGACAGCCAGUCGCCAGUCCACUCUCUCUGCGAUGACUACCGCAGUGAUGGCCACACCACGGCCAGCCGCACUUUCAGAUUGGGGUUCGCCGGAUGGGAAAUUGGAUUGGGGCAUUCAUGGAGAAGAACUGAACAAGCUAAGAAAAUCUGUCUCCUUUGCCCACCGAGGCAACCAGGGGACCCCUAACGGGGUUUCUACAGCCACCGUGGCUGCCGGAGACAAUGAGCCCGAUUUGUCCUGGGUUCAUUCUCUGGUGAAGGAUGGGCCUGUAGCUACCGGAGGACAGAUCGGUGCUGGCUACCAGCAGAAUGGAUACCAGGACAUAUAUGCACCUUGGGCGGAGGAACACAUGGUGACAUAGAUGAUCAACAGCUGACUGACGGUGAACUUUUCUUUCACUCCGACGAGAUUUUUCUUCAUCGUAUUCUUUGAAUGCAUCAUUAUUAUUAUUAUUAUCCUUUUAUCAGGAAUGCCUAGCGCCUAGUAAAAGAGUAUUCACUGGCUAAACAAAGGCAUCCUGCAUGUUCUUUCAUUCAUACGUAGCUUAAUUAAUGGCAUUGGUAUAUGUAUGUAUAGAGGCUUGUUAAGUUGGCUCAUCUUAGUUGUGUAAUUUCGACGACAAUUUCAGAAUAAACAGACCUCAACAUCUUCUAUUGUUC